AUGGAUUCCAACGACGGCCUUGUUGCCACGAGGCAACGAAGAGCCAAUGCUGGCUCUCGCUUAAAACAACUCAUUGAACUUGAAGAGGCCUCCUCGGGUGUUCAGCAGACUUUCCUCACUGAGGAGGACGAGGAUGUUCAUCUACUAUUUCAAGAGGACGAAAACGACGCUGAGUUCGAGGAGGAGGAGGAGGAAGAAGAAGAAGAAGAAGAAGGGGAGGACGAGGGAGAAGGAGGUGAGGAGGGCAAGGAAAACGAUGAUGCUGCCACUGAUGAUCCACGAAAGGAAGCUGCGAUGCUCUUGGACAAUGAGCAGUCUGAUGCUGAAGCCAAUCCUGAUGAAAUGCUCUCAGAUUCGGAUCUAUCUGUGUCUGAAGACGACGAUAGCGAAGGUGAAAGAGAGCUUCAAAGGGAAGAGCGGGCAAAGAAGAGAAAGAAGAAGCAAACAAUUAUACCUGCCAUCAAGAAGCGUACCACAACAACAACACCACAACCCAAGCAGCCUUCUAAACCACUAUCCAGCAUGCUACAGUAUGGUGAGCGCCGGUCAUCAUCGAGAAAAUCUGCUGUUAAAAAUAAAGAAGACUUGCUACAGAAGCUCAAGGCUGAUGAGACGAGAAGGGCAGGACUUACACCGAUCAAGCGGGUCAAGGAAAGGGAACCAACGCAGGAAGAGAGAUUAGCUCAGGCACAGGAAACCGAAAAAGAAAAUACUUUGUCUUUGAAUGCGUUCUUGGAACAAGAAGUCAAGAAGAAGGAGCGCCAGAAACUAAUGUUCCAGCAGAAAAGACCAAAGCUUCGCAACGUCAUUCGUCUAGUGUCCAAGGCAACAUUUGUCACUCCACUUGAGGAAAUAGAGGAUGCAAGACACGUUCAAGAUAUGUUUGAAAAGAAGCGUCGUGGGCGCAGGAGAAAAAACGUACAAGAAGAGCCCGAUGUCAAACGUCCUGGCGACGUAGACACUGAGCUUCCGUAUUACAAGCAAGAGAUGGCAGAAAAGGAGAGGCUCGAAGCCAUUCGCUUGGAAGAGAAGCGUAAGCUAGAAGAGGCGCGAGCAGAACGAAGGAGACGUCUCGAACAUGAGCGUGAGGAGAGGAAACGAAAGCUUGAAGAGGAAAGAGAGGCUCGCCGUAUUCUCAAGGAGAAACGUCUUAAGGAGUUUGAAAACAUUGAUGCUACGGACCCCAAUUUCUCGGCCGAAUCUUUGCGCCUUAAAGGUGAGAUAAGUUCGUUAGAGGAGCAAGAUAGAGAAGCCGAGGAAAUGCACAGGGCCGAAUACGGGGAUGCAGAGCACGACAAUGAUCACAAUAUCGAAGAUGACAACGGUAUUAAAAAAGACAGUACCGCUGAUACCUCUUUGAAACCUCAUGGGAUGGUAAAUUCAAUUGAUGAAGUAAGAAUUUCGAGGACGCAAGACAACACUAAGCGCGUUGAUGAAUCAAAAGAGGAGGUUGAUGAGAAAGGCAUGAGUGCCGAACAAAGCUCUGACAAACAAGACGAUUCUAUGGAUGUGGAUGAAAGCCUUGGAGAAUUAAAUUCAGCAAAGGAGAGCGCUGAAAUAAUCUCAGACGACAAAGCUACGGAAGCAAGCAGUGAAAAUCCUGACGAUAUACAGAUGAAGCUGGAUAAAGACGCUGAUGAAAAAACCAAAGGCCAAGGGAAAGAGACCUCUCCAAACAGCGCGAUUGAAAGGGACGAAGCGAAGGACGAUGAUGGGAAGGAUGAGGUAAAGGAUUCGUCUCAGGACAUUGAGGUUGGCGAGAAGAUUAAGAUUGAGAAAAAAGUAACGUUCUCCGAAGACGUGGGGGAAAAAGAUUCUAAUGUGCCCGAACAGUCAGUGAAGGAAGAGCCCAGUACAGGGGUGAGGAGUCCAACAGAGGAGAAGCCUUUGCCGGAGACCAACCCUCCCACUGAGAUCCUUCAUAAGCCUCGCAGUGACGGCGAAGUUUUUGAGGGCCCGGUUCAGUACGUUUCAAGGAAUUAUAUCAUUCUAUUGGAUUUUGACGAUGAAGAUAGGUACUGGAAACUUCCGGAGACAAAGAUGAAGAUUGCACUUUUCGGAGAGGAAAGUCUCCUCAGCGCCUCAAGGAGGUUCAGAGAUGUGAAAACGAUUCUUCGAAGCACCACGAGGAACGAGAAUCCUUAUGCCACAACGAAGGACGAGAAGGAAGACGAGCUUUUCAAGCCAGUGUCUGAGAUCACAGAGGAAAGUCCUAUGUUUGACGACCUAAAGAGGCUUCGCAGGCUUGGAGUUCGGGUGGAAGACGAAGAAGAGGAAGAGGAAGAAACAAAGGAAGAGGAGAAUGUGGUGCAUAUCAACACCGAAGCGCCUACAGGUCUCUAUCUUCCAAAUGGCAACAAAAAGAUCUGUCUCAUAUCCGGCAAAGAGGUGCGCUACUUCGAUCCCGGCACAGGUGUUCCAUACGACAGUGUGGAUGACUACAAGGUGAUCAAGAGUAUUGAGGCCGGUAAUAUUCCGUGGUACAGCAUUCCAAGAGAUCAGAACACGUAUGGGGCUGUUGAGAUCUACUUAAAUAACCGUGAGGGAACCCGGCAUGCCAAGGGCGUGCCCGAAGGGUUCGACGGGUGCUGA